AUGAUAAGCGCAGUCCUAUUUACAACAUAUAUUACAGUUUUUUCACAAUUUAAUGGAACUUCUUCUUUUUUUGAAUCGGAUUAUAAUCAUAGUUUACAUUCACCACCACCAUUUUCAAUUGUAUUUACCUCUGGAGCUAUUGUAGGAGCUGCGCAAUCUCUAGUUGCCGCACCAUUAGACUCUUUAAAAGUUAGAUUUGAAGUAAAUGAUUUAUUAGAGGGAAAGCACAAAAGCAUGUUCGUUUUUGCUAAAACUACUUGGAAAGAAUUGGGAGUUGCAAGUAUUUAUCGUGGAAUUGGCUUAACGUUGGUAAAGGAUUCUUUAUCUUGUGGAUUGUUUUUUGGAAUUUUUGAAUUUGUCAAACAACAAUGUUAUAAUGCAUAA